AAAGAUCGGGGUUGGGAUUUUAUGAUGAUUUUUGAUGUUUUGAGGGAGAAUUUGGAAAAUGGAUGAUUAAGGGUGUAGAUUCGUAAAUGGCUUCGGAUGACCUCACACGAGUGUCGGAGAUGGAGGCGGUGAACUACGGAAGAAAAAGGUUUCCAGCUGCCGACAGGGGAAGCGGCGCCGUCCUAGACGGAAGGAGCAGGAGGUGGGAGGACCUGAGUAGCGACCUUUUGUUGGCGAUUUUCUCGCGGAUCGGAGUAGCAGAUCUUAUAGCCGGUGUGCCAUAUGUGUGCUCAGCGUGGCGGUACGCUGCGCGGGAUCCAUUUUGCUGGCGUGUGCUCGACUUCCGGAGUUGGGGCGAUAUUUCUCACCGUCUCGACUGUCGGCGCGAUGAAGCUGUCGACUUCGCCGAUCUCUUCGAUUUCGCCAUCACCCGAAGUGAGGAGGUCAUCGAUUCUGUCUACUUCCCAUACUUUUCCGACGAGAUCGAUCUCGAGUAUGUCGCAAACAGGUGUCCAAUGCUUCAAUAUUUCAGCAUGAAGAAUCCUAAUGUUUCUGAAGCUGAAUUUUGCAAGGCCAUUGGCAAAAUUGAAUUUCUUAAGGGAAUGGCUGUGGAUGAGAGCUUGAUUUGCCAUCAGGUCCUUCAACAUGUCAGUCAAUGUUGUGUUAACUUCAUUGAGUUGAAGGUCUUUUCUGAUACAAUGGAUGAAACAAUGGCUUCUAUCAUUUGUGAAUGCCUUCCACGACUUCAAAAACUUGAGAUCACUGAAUGCGUAAUGUCAAGAGGUGCCAUCCUUACUCUGCUUGACGGGUUGAAGGAGCUUGAAUACCUUGAUGUAUCUGGUUACGAAAUUUCUGGCAUCACUAGUGAGGUUAUUAAGAAGGCUGCACGUCUUAAGGUUUUUCGUUGGGACUCAAAGUAUGAUUUGGGUGGAUUUGAAUAUUGUCAUCAUUGUGAAGAGGACUAUUCUUAUCAAGCACCUUGUGAAUGUAUGCUCGAUCAACAGCUCCUGGAGUGGCUAGCAAACCUUUCUUGACAUGGAUCAUUUGAUGUGGUUGUACUUUUAUUGUGCUCAGCUGGUCUUUGGUAUGAUCUUAUUCUUGGUAUGCACACAUGUUUGAUUUUUUGCUUUGUUUUUUUUUAUUGUACAAAAUACCGAAUUUUCUUAAGUCUAAAAUUUGAAUUAACUAUUUGUGUAAUUAAGAAA